CUGAGGCUGCCUGUUCGUUUGGUUUCUCUGCUCGGCGGGGCGGUGAGCCGUGGUUUGAGCUAAGCUGUCAUCCCUGCCACUUAGAUGGUGGUAAGCCAAGAAGAUCAGCCCAUGAGUGUCGGUAUGAGGCUACUGGAGCCGCGCCGGGGGAUGGGGGCCCUGUUGGUGGUGUCCACACUGCACUGGGCGACAGGCUUGGUGGGGAGCAGCUGUGAGACGAAGCCAGAUCUGCAAUGCAACUUCUAUUGCAAUUGCCUGGAUUGCAGCGAUGAGCAGAACUGUGGUUAUGGGGGGCGGGGCUUCAUCUGCGAUUUCGAGGAGGCGGCAGCCUGCGGUUGGUGGGAUGUAUCGGAGCCUGGCGUUUAUUCCUGGGAAAGGAGACAGCGAGGGGACAGGCUGCCGGAGAGCGGCCCCUCCUCUGACUUCACCGUGGGAACUUCUGCAGGUUGGUUCAUGGCCGUGUCAGCUGUGGAUGCCCAGUCUGCCCCGACAGCCUCGUUGGUGUCCCCGGUGAUGAGAAACGCCUCCGCGACAUGCAGGGUGAUCCUCCGCUACUACAUCUGGGACUCUGGGAAUCAGGGGCUGGACAGCUUGGCACUGUGGGGCACAGUGGUGGGGGAGGGGCGUUCGAAUGCCACGGUCUGGCGGCCUGCCGUCACCAGCGUCCAGGGCUGGCGGGAGGCCACUGUCUUCCUGGGUCGCAUUCCGGGGUCCUUCCAGCUCCACUUCCAUUCUCAGCGCCGCUGGGGCCUCCGGGGCGACGUGGCCAUUGACCAGCUGGAGUUCCACGACUGUGCCCUGCCCGCACCGGACAAAGCAUGUGGCGCAAACUCGCUGAGCUGUAGGCACCUCGGCUGCGUGGAGGAGGCGCAGGUGUGUGACGGCACUGACGAUUGUGGCGACGGCAGUGAUGAGGCCAACUGCGGUGGACACUGGAGAUGUGACUUUGAGGUGGACUUAUGCGACUGGGCAGACCUGCGAACAUUGUCCACCCUUAAAUUCCAGAGGACCAAUCAGCUGGAGCUCUCGGAGCCCAAUAACCCAAAGGCUGGACCAGGCCGAGACCACACCACAAACUCGGAGACGGGUCACUUCCUGUAUCUCAGCAAACCGGCCAAUGGAGAGCCGCUGAAGGCUGAUUGGUCAUCCUUUCAAAGUCCUGUUUUUGAACCAACAAAUUCCACUCAUCCAUGCCGGAUGACCCUGUACACCCACCAGUUUGGCCCCAGAUCUGGGGGCCUGUCGAUUCUGGUGGUGACCAGUGGGGCCAUGUACCCCGUGUGGGAGCGAGGAGGGGAGCUGGGAGAUGUGUGGGUGAAGGCAGAGGUGGAGUUUGUCAUGAACAGCAGCUUCCAGAUCUUGUUUGUAGGAGCAAUUAGGGAUAACGACUAUGGAGGCAUCGCUAUAGAUGACAUCAUCAUGUCCCCAGGCUGCCGCAAAUCCAAUGAGUCAUCUCCAAACGUUGGCCACCCCGAUUCUCCGAAACACCCCUGUACAGAGAGUAGCAAGUUGUGCGACUUUAGGAGUGACUGUGACAACGCGGAGGAUGAAAGCAGCUGUGGCGACUUCUCCUUUCCUGAUGGGAGCACAGGCUGGACCGAUGCCAGUUUGGGGGCACAGGGCUGGGCGCUAUAUCAGAAACUCAAUGGCAGCUUUAUGGUAGAGUACCUCUACGUGACGGAGGCCCCAGGCCAGCAGAUGACGGCGGCUCAGGCCCGCACUCCUGCCCUGGGGCCAUCAGGGGCUGCCUGCAGACUCCGCUGGUCUUACAACCUGACUGAUAUGGGUGAGUUGUCACUGAGCAUGAUUGACAAGGUGCAGGGUACACAGGCCCAGCUGUGGAAAUUCAUAGGAGCGACAGAUGAAGUCCCAGGUGGCUGGGUGGAGGGGGAGGUCUACAUUGGAGCUCGGGACCACCGCUUCCAGCUGGAACUGGGAGGUCUUGCUAGGAACAUCCACAACAGCACCAGGAUAGCAGUAAAGGACGUGAAAUACAUGGAUUGUCACCCAGAAUACUUUCCAGCCACCAACAGCGGCCUGUCUUGUAAUUUUGAGGAAAACCUUUGUGGGUGGUACCAGGACCAGAUGGAUAACUUUGAUUGGACCCCCGUCUCUGGGAUGGACCACACCAUUGGAAUCGGGAGAAGUCUGGUUGUUGAUGUGUGGAACCCCACCCUGCGGGGACUGUCAGCUCGCCUUCUUUCUCUCCCCCAGCUCUACACCUCCACAGAGUUCUGCGUCUCCUUCUACUACAAGCUAUACGGCCCUCAAACAGGUACUCUGAACGUGCGAGUUCGCUAUCCUGAUGGAGCUGAGGUCCUCCACUGGACGAGCAGUGGUUCCCAUGGCAACAGCUGGCAUCAAGGCCUAUGCCCGAUCCCUCAGCAGAACACUGGCUUCCAGCUGGUGUUUGAGGCUCUGCGCUCCGGGUUCGAUGGGAGAAUAGCGAUCGACGACGUGGCAGUUAUGAAUCGUCCUUGCACGACCCCAUCCAGAUGCUCCUUUGAAGGCACCAUGUGUGGCUACACAUCCUACGGUGCUGCUCGAUGGGUUCACCAAAACGGGGCCUAUGGAGGGGUGAAGCCUGCACCAACCACUGAUCAUAGCCUAGAAACCGGAAAGGGUUACUACAUGAUUGCAGACACUAGCCAGGAAGUCCUUCGCUUGGGGGACAUGAUGCUGCUCACUUCUCCAGUGCGAAAUAGUGCCCCCUUUACUGAGUGUGUUGAAUUCUGGUAUUACAUGAAUGGAGAUCAACCAGGCAUCCUGAGCAUCUAUAUGAAGCCACUUGAAGGGAAUCUAGUGAAGGUGUUCACUCAGGACGUGAGUCCGGGUGAAGUCUGGCAUCAUGGCAACUGCAGCAUCAGCAGCACUGGACCCUGGCAGCUGGCGAUCGAAGCGAAGGGAGCAGGAGGUGCAGAGGCUCGCAUUGCUGUUGAUGACAUCAGCUUCACUCCUUAUGGCUGCCCCAGUCCAGAUGCAAAGUGUAAUCUGGAGAAUGGUCUUUGUGGCUGGGCCAACACUGAGAACCCAGCCCUGGACCUUCUGGACUGGGAGCUGAGCAGCUCUGCCGCAGAGACCCAGUAUCCCAGCCCGCCCUAUGACCAUUCGCUGGAGACAGAGCGAGGUCACUUCCUGUUCCUUCCCAGCAGCCCCCGGGGCACUGCAGGCCAGAACGCCUCACUGCUCAGCCCUCACCUGCCCCCAGCCUCAGCCAACUGCCUGCGCUUUUGGGUGCACCGCCCCCCCUCCAGCGACACCGAGCUCCGUGUGUGGAGGCGUACUGGGGACCUGCUCAUCAAGCUGCUGACCGUGGGUGAAGUUGGCGAGACUUGGAGGCGCUGUGACAUAAACAUCUCCUCCACAGAGGAAUUCCAGAUUGUGUUUGAGGGGAUCAGCGGCACCGACGGCGUCGUGGCCCUGGAUGACAUCGAGUACCACAUGGGUGUCGACUGCAACGGCCAAAAGAAGGACUCACAAGCUUCCCACAACUUUGAAACACAGGGGCCCAUUGUCGCGUCGGUUCUCAUUCUGCUGCUGUUCGUGGCCCUCGGAAUUGGGACGGUGGUUUACCUGCAAAAGAAGGGGAUGCUGAGAGGAGGCAGCAUGGAGAGGAAUGAUGUGAGCUUCGGCAACAUACUGUAUGAGGUGAAGGAGGAUGGUCCAGCAGUCCGCAUGCAAGCACAACGUGAAGCACUGCCCCCUUCUGGUAGCACCUCUGAUUAAUGGCAACAUCACACAUACCCACACACACACAGGCUAGAGACGCCUCUUCUCUGCCAGAGACAAACUACAGGUUGUUUAUAAGCUGCACAAAUUCAAGAUAUUCUCCGUGCAGCGGGGUCAAGAUGCAAACACCAUCGAAGACUGACACCAUCCUGAUAUUAUCACCCUACAACACACCAGGUGGAUUUCCAUGGUGGUCCAGCAACGGUCAUUAUGGAGGGAUGGUCCUGGAUGGGUCCCUCACCAUGGAGGGCGCCCCUCAGUGGCCAGUCCUGGUAUCUAAAGAAGGAUUUUUAUCAAUGUGUCUAUCAAGAUAAACAACACAAACUCUGUCAUCAGUUACUCUCCUCUCCAUGUUCUUUCAGUCACAGGACAAUUGUAAAUCGCUCAUGGAUUAUGCAGUAUGUCUGAUUAUGGACAUAACUGAUUGAGUAUAUUGAUACUUUGGGGCCUGUCUUGUCAGGAUUUGAACCUGCGACUUUCCACAGAUAUAAUUUCAGUAUGUAUCUUGUUUCUGAUUCGGUGACUUGUUAAAUCCACAAGAGUACAGAAUGGCAGCGAAUAGAACUUGAAAAUUCUCUUACCAGCCAAUCACAUAGGCCCAUCACUAAAUAGCCAAUCAGGUAGGCCUUACUAACCAAUCAUGUGUGAAACAGGCAGCUGGAAAGAGAUUAGCACUUGUCAGUGGAAGAUAUGCUUAAUUAAUUCACCUGCAAAAACUGUGAGCAGGUGUGGUUUCAAUGCAGAUGGAGGGACAACAACAUCUGUGUGUUUGUUAGUGUGUCACACGUUGACUUUAUUAAAUGAACAAUUUAAAUUAUUAAA